GUGUUUCCAAAAAAAAAAAAUAAACCCGUCCUUUUCCAUCAUCGCUCAAUAGAGCGAUUCAGUUUCAGAAGGAGAAUCACCGCCCCGGAGGAAUCGGCGGCUCGUUCAGGUGCGCCGACGGGAAGCUCGGAUUCCGUGGAGGCAACAAACCCUCUUCUCCUUCUUCCUCUUCUUCGACUUCCACUUCGUCGUCUUCUUCCAAUACUCUUCUCUACACCAACGCAUGUUACAUCCGGGGGAGAUUCUCCGUUGCGAGAAUGCUCUGUACAAGAGCUCCCUCCCCGGAGCCACCUCCCGCCGGCAAUCAGACUUGUUCUCGGAACGAAUCGACCAAGUCUUGUGCGACUGGGCCGAGAAUCACGCUCAAUUCAAAUGCUUCGACCCAAAGGUUGAAAACCCAGUUAGCAACCGAAGGAGAAAAUCAGGGAUCGAAGUUUCAUCCAAGUACUUGAACAACCUCACCCGACGGGGCCCCGAUCCGAAAUCCCAACCCGCGUCGCCAUCCCUCCAGAAAUAGUAAUUGCGAUUUCCCCAACCGCUACAGCCUCCGUUUUGUCUGGAAUCCUUUGCGUCAAGUUCGAGUUGGGUGGUGAAGACGGCGGUUGGGAGCUGUGAGUUCGAGUUGGGAUUAGGCGGAGGCAGGUUUGGGGAGAGAGGGCGACGAGGGUUAAGAGAAUUAUGGGGAUUUUUGGGGAAGAAGAAGAUGAAGCAGAGAGUGGAGAGAGAUUUCAAUUAGAUGGUUGGAUUGUGGCAUUGUGGGGAAGUGAAAAUUGGAGGAUCGGGUUUGAGGGGGACUGAUGGAGGAAGGUACAGGCGUACGGCGGGGGAGUAGACGGAGGGGAGUCGCCGGUGGGGUUUCAAUUUUUUUUUUAAUUUUUUGUUAAUUUAAUUAUUAUAAUUCAAAAUUAAAAAAUAUGUGUAAAUUGU